GGUGUUGAGAACGAUGACAACAGUGUCAACAGUGACAGCGGUGACAACGGUGACAACAGUGACAACAGAGACAACAGUAACAAUGGUGACAAUAGUGACAACGGUGACAAGAGUAACAACAGUGACAACGGUAACAACCGCGACAACACCGACAACUAUGACGACAGUGACCACGGUGACAACAGUGACAACCGUGACAACCGUGACAACAGUGACAAUGGUGACAACGGUGACAACGAUGAAAACAGUGAGAACAGUGACAGCAAUGACAACGGUGACAACAGUGACAACAGUGACAACAGUGACGACGGUGACAUUUGUGACAACAGUGACAACAGUGACUAUGCUGAAAACGGUGACAACAAUUACAACAGUGAUAAUUGUGACAACCGUCACAACGGUGACAACAGUUAAAACAGUGACAACUGUGACAACGGUAACAACGGCGACAACGGUGACAAAUGUGACAAUAUUGACAAAAGUGACAACGGUGACAACAGUGACAACAGUGAACACAGUGAUAAGGGUGACAACGGUGACAAUAAUCACAAUGGUGACAUCAGUGACAACGCUGGCAAUGGCGACAACGGUGACAACAGCGACAACAGUAAAAACGGAGACAACAGUGUCAACAGUGAUAAUGGUUACAACGGUGACAACAGUGAGAACGGCAAAAACAAUGACAACAGUGACAGCGGUGACGCCGGUGACAACGGUGACAACAGUGACAAUCGUGACAACCGUGACAAUGCUGACAACCGUGAAAACAGUGACAACAGUGACAACUGUGACAACCGUGACAACGGUGAAAAAACUGAGAACAGUGAAAGCGCUGACAACGGUGCCAACAGUGACAACACUGACAACAGUGACAACGGUGACAACGGUGACAACAGUGACAACGGUGAAAACAGUGACAACCGUGACAACCGUGACAAUGGUGACAACGGUGACAAUGGUGACAACAGUCACAACAGUGACAACUGUGACAACCUUGAAAAACACCAACAACUGUGACAACGGUGACAAUAGUGACAACAGUGACAACUGUGUCUACCGUGACAACAGCAACAACCGUGAUAACCGUUACAACAGUGACAAGAGUGACAGUGAUGACAUCGGUGGCAACGGUGACAACAGUGACAGUCGGGACAACAGUGACAACAGCAUGAACGGUAAGAAUGGUGACAACAGUGACAAAAGUGACAACGGUGGCAACAGCGACAACCGCGACAACCGUGACAACAGUGACAAGAGUGACAGUGAUGACAUCGGUGACAACGGUGACAACAGUGAAAGUCGUGACAACAGUGACAACAGCGAGAAUGGUAAUAAUGCUGACAACAGUGACAAUUGUGACAACAGUGGCAAAAGUGACAACAGUGACAGAGGUAACACAACCGAGAACAGUGACAACGGUGACAACAUUGACAAGACUGACAACUGUGACAACCUUGACAAAAGUGACAACAGCGACAACAGUGACAGAGGUGACAACAGUGACAACGAUGACAACAGUGACAAUCGUGACAACAGGGACAACAGUGACAACUGUAACAACCGUGGCAAUAGUGAGAAUCAUGACAACAGUGACAACAGCGUGAAUGGUGAUAAUGAUGAGAACAGUGACAAUGGUGACAACAGUGACAACAGUGACAACGGUGACAACGGUGAAAACGAUGACAACGGUGACAACUCUGACAACACCGACAACUGUGACAAUGGUGACAAGUAACAACUGUGACAACCGUAACAACCGUGACAAGAGUGACAGCGAUGACUUCGGUGAAAACGGUGACAACAGUGACAAUCGUGACAACAAUGAAAAAAGCGAGAAUGGUAAUGGUGACAACCGUGCCAAAAGUGACAAUGGUGAGAAGAGUGACAACAGUGACAGAGCUGACAACGGUGACAAUGGUGACAAUAGUGACAAUCGUGACAACUGUGACAACAGUAAGAAUGGUGAAAACAAUGAAAACAGUGACACCGGUGACAACGGUGACAACGGUAGUAACAGUGACAGUCGUGACCACAGUGACAACAGCGAGAACGGUAAAAAUGGUGACAACGGUAACAAUGGUGACAACAGUGACAAAAGUGACAACGGUGACAACAGUGACAACAGUGAAAGAGGUCACAACACCGACAGCAGUGACAACGGUGACAACAGUGACAACAGUGACAACUGUGAGAACCUUGAGAAAAGUGACAACGGUGUCAACAGUGACAACAGUGACAAUGGUGACAACAGUGACAAUCGUGACAACAGGGACAACACUGGCAACGGCGAAAACAAUGACAACAGUGACAGCGGUGACAACGGUCACAACGGUAACAACGGUGACAACAGUGACAAAAGUGACAACGGUGACAACAGUCACAAGAGGGACAAAGGUGACAACGGUGACAACGGUGACAACGGUCACAACAGUGACAAUCGUGACAACAGUGACAACAGCGAAAACGGCGACAACGGUGACAACAGUGACAAUGGUCACAUCGGUGACAACAGUGACAACGGUGACAACGGUGACAUCAGUGACAACCGUGACAACCGUGACAACAGUAACAACGGGAAAAAAAUGACAACAGGGACAGCAGUGACAAUGGUGACAACAGUGACAAGUGUGACAACUGUGACAACGGUGAACACGGAGACAACAUCGAAAACACCAACAAUCGUGACAACUGUAACAACAGUGAUAAGAGUGACAGCGAUGACAUCGGUGUCAAGGGUGACAACAGUGAAAACAGCGAGAAUAGUGAUAAUGGUUAGAACUGCGACAAAAGUGAUAACGGUGACAACAGUGACAAUCGUGGCAACAGUGACAACAGUGUGAACUGCAAAAACAAUGACAACAGUGACAGCGGUGACAACGGUGACAACGGUGACAACAGUGACAGCGGUGACAACGGUGACAACAGUGGCAAUCUUGACAACCGUGACAAUGGUGACAACCGUGACAACGGUGACGUCGGUGACAACGGUGAAAAAACUCACAACAGUGAAAUCGGUGGCAACGGCGACCGCGGUGACAACGGUGACAACAGUGACAGCAGUGACAAUGGUGACAAGAGUGGUAACAUUGACAACCGUGACAACAGUGACAACCGUGACAAUUGUGACAACAGUGACAAGAGUGACAGUGAUGACAUCGGUGACAACGGUGCCAGCAGUGACAAUCGUGACAACAGUGACAACAGUGAGAACAGUGAUAAUAGUGACAACAGUGACAAUGGUGAUAAAGGUGACAACAGUGACAACGGUGACAACGGUGACAACGGUGACAGGAGUGACAAGAGUGACAAUGGUGACAACCAUGACAACGGUGACAACGUUGACAACGGUGACAGAGGUAACAACAGGGACAGAGGUGACAACAGUGAGAACGGUAACAACAGUGACAAUCAUGACAACAGUGACAACAGUGACAACGGCGAAAACAAUGACAACGGUAAGAGCGGUGACAACGGUCACAACGGUCACAACAGUGGCAACUGUGACAGCAGUGACAAUUGUGACAACAGUGACAACAGUGAGAAGGGUAACGACAGUGACAACAGUGACAACGGUGACAACGGUGAGAACUUUGACAAUGGUGACAAAAGUAACAACAGUGACAACGGAGACAACUGUGACAACACCGACAACUGUGACAACUGUGACAACGGUGACAACGGUAACAACGGUGACAACAGUGACAACCGUGACAACCGUGACAACAGUGACAACAGUGACAAUGGUGACAGCAGUGACAGCGGUGACAACGGUGACAAAGGUGACAACAGCGACAACAGUAACAACAGUGACAACUGUGACAACGGUGACAACGGUGAGAACCGUGACAACUGUGACAAUCGUGACGAAAGUGACAACGGUGACAACAGUGACAACAGUGACAACAGUGACAGAGGUGACAACGGUGACAAUGGUGACAAUGGUGACAAAAGUGACAACAGUGACAGUCGUGACCAUAGUGACAACAGCGAGAACGGUGAAAACGGUGACAACAAUGACAAUGGUCACAUCGGUGACAACAGUGACAACAGUAACAACAGUGACAACUGUAACAACGGUGACAACGGUGAGAACCGUGACAACUGUGAAAACCGUGACAAAAGUGACAAUGGUGAGAACAGUGACAACAGUGACAACAGGGAUAGAGGUAACAACGGUGACAACGGUGACGAUGGUGACAACUGUGACAGUCGUGACAAUAGUGAAAAAAGCGAGAACGGCGAAAACGGUGACAACAAUAAAAAUGGUCACAUCGGUGACAACAGUGACAACAGUGACAACGGUGCCAAGCGUGAUAUCCGUGACAACCGUAACAACAGUGACAACGGUGAAACAAUGACAACGGUGACAACAAUGACAAUGGUCACAUCAGUGACAACAGUGACAACAGUAACAACAGUGACAACUGUGACAACGGUGACAACGGUGAGAACCGUGCAACUGUGACAACCGUGAGAAAAGUGACAACUGUGACAAUCGUGACAACAGUGACAACAGUGACAAUGGCAAAAACAAUGACAACAGUAAGAGCGGUGACAACGGUGACAACGUUCACAACAUUGACAACAGUGACAGCAGUGACAAUUGUGACAAGAGUAACGACAGUGACAACAGUGACAACGGUGACAUCUUUGACAAUGGUGACAAAAGUGACAACAGUGACAACGGUGACAACUGUGACAACGGUGACAACCGUGAUAACCGCGACAACCGUGACAACAGUGACAACGGUGACAAUGGUGACAUCAGUGACAGCAGUGACAACGGUGACAACGGUGACAACAGUGACAACAGUAACAACAGUGAUAACUGUGACAACGGUGACAAUGGUAAGAACCGUGACAACUGUGACAACCGUGACAAAAGUGACAACGGUGACAACAGUGACAACAGUGAGAGAGGUGACAACGGUGACAAUGGUCACAACGGUGACAAUAGUGACAACAGUGACAGUCGUGACAAUAGUGACAACUGCGAGAACGGUGAAAAAAGUGACAACAAUGACAAUGGUCACAUCGGUGACAACAGUGACAACAGUAACAACAGCGACAACCGUGACAACGGUGACAACGGUGAUAGCCGUGACAACUGUGACAACCGUGACAAAAGUGACAACGGUGACAACAGUGAGAAGAGUAACAACAGUGACAGAGGUAACAUCGGUGACAACGGUGACAAUGGUGACAAUAGUGAGUCGUGACAAUAGUGAAAACAGCGAGAACGGCGAAAACGGUGACAACGAUGACACUGGUCACAUCGGUGACAACAGUGACAACAGUGACAACAGUGCAACGGUGCCAAGCGUGACAACCAUGACAACCGGUGAAAAGAAUGGCGACAGUGACAGUGGUGACAACAGUGACAACGGUGACAACAGUGACAACGGUGACAACAGUGACAAUCGUGAAAACUGUGACAACCAUGACAACGGUGGCAACAGUGACAACUGUGACAACUGUGACAACCGUGACAACAGUGACAACGGUGACAACCUUGAAAACACCAACAACUGUGACAACGGUGACAAUGGUGACAACAGUGACAACUGUGACAACCGUGACAACAGUGACAAGAGUGACAGUGAUGACAUCGGUGACAACGGUGAGAACAGUCACAAUCAUGACAACAAUGACAACAGCGAGAAUGGUGAUAAUGGUGACAAGAGUGAAAAUGGUGACAACUGUGACAACAGUGACAACGGAGACUACGGUGACAAUGGUGACAAUGGUGACAAGAGUGACAACGGUGACAACCGUGACAACACCGACAACAGUAACAACGGUGACAACAGUGGCAACAGUGACAACUGUGUCAACCGUGAAAAAAGUGACAACGGUGACAACAGUGACAGAGGGGACAACGGUGACAACAGUGACAAUCGUGACAACAGGGGAACCAAUUACAACAGUGACAGCGGUAACAAUGGUGACAAAGUGACAACAGUGACAAUUGUGACAACCGUCAACGGUGACAACGCAUAAAACAGUGACAACAGUGACAACUGUGACAACCGUGACAACCGUAACAACGGUGACAACGGAGACAACGGUAAAAAAGGGGAAACAGUGACAAUGGUGACAAAAGUGACAACAGUGACAGAGGUGACAACGGUGACAACGGUAGAAACAGUGACAAUCGUGACAACAGUGACAACAGUGACAACGGCGAAAACAAUGACAACAGUAAGAGCGGUGACAACGGUGACAACAGUCACAACAUUGACAACAGUGACAGCAGUGACAAUUGUGACAACAGUGACAACAGUGACAACGGUGACAACGGUGAGAACUUUGACAAGGGUGAAAACGUUGAUAACACCAACAACUGUGAAAACGGUGGCAAUUUUGACAACAGUGACGACUGUGACAACCGUGGCAACAGUGACAAUCAUGACAACAGUGACAACAGCGAGAAUGGUGAUAAUGAUGACAACAGUGACAACAGCGACAACAGUGACAACAGUGAGAACGGUGACAACGGUGACAAGAGUGUGAAGAGUGACAACGGUGACAACCGUGACAACACCGACAACUGUAACAACGGUGACAAUGGUGACAACACUGACAACUGUGACAACCGUGACAACAGUGACAACCGUGACAACCGUGACAACCGUGACAGCGAUGACUUCGGUGAAAACGGUGACAACAGUGAAAAUCGUGACAACAGUGAAAACAGCGAGAAUGGUGAUAAUGGUGACAACCGUGAAAAUGGUGACAACUGUGACAACAGUGACAACGGAGACUACGGUGACAAUGGUGACAAUGGUGACAAGAGUGACAACGGUGACAACCGUGACAACACCGACAACAGUAACAACGGUGACAACAGUGGCAACAGUGACAACUGUGUCAACCGUGAAAAAAGUGACAACGGUGACAACAGUGACAGAGGGGACAACGGUGACAACAGUGACAAUCGUGACAACAGGGGAACCAAUUACAACAGUGACAGCGGUAACAAUGGUGACAAAGUGACAACAGUGACAAUUGUGACAACCGUCAACGGUGACAACGCAUAAAACAGUGACAACAGUGACAACUGUGACAACCGUGACAACCGUAACAACGGUGACAACGGAGACAACGGUAAAAAAGGGGAAACAGUGACAAUGGUGACAAAAGUGACAACAGUGACAGAGGUGACAACGGUGACAACGGUAGAAACAGUGACAAUCGUGACAACAGUGACAACAGUGACAACGGCGAAAACAAUGACAACAGUAAGAGCGGUGACAACGGUGACAACAGUCACAACAUUGACAACAGUGACAGCAGUGACAAUUGUGACAACAGUGACAACAGUGACAACGGUGACAACGGUGAGAACUUUGACAAGGGUGAAAACGUUGAUAACACCAACAACUGUGAAAACGGUGGCAAUUUUGACAACAGUGACGACUGUGACAACCGUGGCAACAGUGACAAUCAUGACAACAGUGACAACAGCGAGAAUGGUGAUAAUGAUGACAACAGUGACAACAGCGACAACAGUGACAACAGUGAGAACGGUGACAACGGUGACAAGAGUGUGAAGAGUGACAACGGUGACAACCGUGACAACACCGACAACUGUAACAACGGUGACAAUGGUGACAACACUGACAACUGUGACAACCGUGACAACAGUGACAACCGUGACAACCGUGACAACCGUGACAGCGAUGACUUCGGUGAAAACGGUGACAACAGUGAAAAUCGUGACAACAGUGAAAACAGCGAGAAUGGUGAUAAUGGUGACAACCGUGCCAAAAGUGAGAACGGUGAAAAGAGUGACAACAGUGACAGAGGCGACAACGGUGACAACGGUGACAACAGUGACAAUCGUGAUAACAGUAACAACAGUGAGAACGGCAAAAACAAUAACAACAUUGAGAGCGGUGACAACAGUAACAACAGUGACAACAGUGACAAUCGUGACAACCGUGACAACGGUGACAAUUGGAAAACAGUGACAACAGUGACAACUGUGACAACCGUGACAACAUUGACAACAGUGACACCGGUGAAAAAACUGACAACAGUAAUAGCGGUGAGAACGGUGAGAACGGUGACAACAGUGACAACAGUGACAAACGUGACAACGGUGACAACAGUGACAACGGUGACAACGGUGACAAGUGACAACAGUGACAACCGUGACAACAGUCACAACAGGGACAACGGUUACAACCUUGAAAACAACAACAACUGUGACAACGGUGACAAUGGUGACAACAGUGACAACCGUGACAACCGUCAUGACGGUGACAACGGUGACAACCUUGAAAACACCAAUAACUGUGACAAAAGUGACAAUGGUGACAGCAGUGACAACUGUGACAACCGUGACACCAGUGACAACUGUGACAACCGUGACAACCGUGACAAGAGGGACAAGAGUGAAAGUGAUGACGUCGGUGACAACGGUGACAAUAGUGACAAUGCUGAAAACAUUCACAACGGUGACAACGGUGACAGUAGUGACAAGACUGACAAUGGUGACAACCGUGACAACACCGACAACAGUGACAACAGUGACAACCGUGACAAAAGUGACAACUGUGACAACAGUGUCAACAGUGACAGAGGUGACAACGGUGAUAACAGUAACAAUAGUGAGAAUCGUGACAAAAGUGACAACGGCGAAAACAAUGAGAACAGUGACAGCAGUGACAAUGGUGACAACGGCUACAACAGUGACAACAGUGACAGCGGUGACAAUUGUGACAACAGUGACAACAGUGACAAGAGUAACAACAGUGACAAAAGUGACAAUAGUGACAACCGUGACAACUGUGACAACGGUAACAACUGUGACAACCGUGACAACGGUGACAACGGUGACAGCAGUGACAAUCGUGACAACCGUGACAACGGUGACAACAGUGACAGUGACAACCGUGACAACUGUGACAACCGUGACAACGGAGACAACGGGGACAACCAGGAAAACACCAACAACAGUGAGAACGGUGAUAAUGGUGACAACAGUGACAACUCUGACAACUGUGACAACAGUGACAAGAGUGAAAGUGAUGACAUCGGUGACAACGGUGACAACAGUGACAAUCAUGACAACAGUGACAACAGCGAGAACGGUGAUAAUGGUGACAAGGGUGACAAUGAUGACAACAGUGACAACAGUGACAAUGGUAACAACAGCGACAACGGUGGCAAUGGUGACAAGAGUAAGAACGGUGACAACCGUGACAACACCGACAACAGUGACAACGGUGGCAACAGUGACACCAGUGACAACUGUGACAACCGUGACAAAAGUGACACAGUCAAUACAGUGACAGAGGUGAAUACGGUGACAACGGUAACAACAGUGACAAUCGUGAAUACAGUGACAAGAGUGACAACGGGGAAAACAAAGACAACAGUGACAGUGCUGACAACGGUGACAACGGUGACAACAGUGACAAUCGUGACAACCGUGACAACGGUGACAACGGUAAAAACAGUGACAACAGUGACAACUGUGACCACCGUGACAACCGUAACAACGGUGACAACGGUGAAAAAAGUGGCAACAGUGACAGCGGUGACAACAGUGACAACAGUGACAACAGUGAAAACAGUGACAACGGUGACAACGUUGAUAACACAAACAACUGUGACAACGGUUACAACGGUGACAACGGUGACAACAGUGACAAUGGUGACAAUGGUGAAAAGGGUCACAACAGUUAAAACCGCAACAACCGCCACAACAGUGACAACGGUGACAACAGUGACAACGGUGACAAUGGUCACAACAGUAACAACAGUAACAGCAGUGACAAUUGUGACAACAGUGACAACAGUGACAAGAGUAACAACAUUUUGAACAGUGACAACAGUGACAACGGUGACAACGGUGACAACGGUAACAACAGUGCAACUGUGACAACCGUGACAAAGGUGACAACGGUAACAAUGGUGAAAAGACUCACAACAGUUAAAACAGUGACAACAGUGACAACGGUGACAACGGUGACAACGGUGACAAUCGUGACAACCGUGAUAACGGUGACAACGGUGAAAACAGUGACAACAGUGAUAACUGUAACAACCAUUACAACGGUGACAAUGGUGACAAUGGUGAAAAAAGUGGCAACAGUGACAGCGGUGACAACGGUGACAAGAGUGGCCACAGUGACAACGGUGACAACAGUGACAACAGUGACAACAGUGACAACGGUGACAACGGUGAUAACACUGACAACCGUGACAACCGUACCAACGGUGACAACAGUGACAACACCGACAACUGUGACAACAGUGACAACGGUGACAACAGUGACAACCGUGAAAACAGUGACAAUGGUGACAAAGGUGACAACGGUGACAAUGGUGACAAAAGUGACAUUAGUGACAACAGUGACUACUGAGACAACACCGACAACUGUGACAAUGGUGACAACGGUGACAACAGUGACAACCGUGACAACGGUGACAACAGUGACAAUGGUGACAACGGUGACAACAGUGAGAGCGGUGACAACGAUAAAAACAGUGACCACAGUGGCAACCGUGACAACCGUGACAACAGUGACACUGGUGACAGCGGUGACAACAGUAACAGCGGUGACAACGGUGACAACGGUGACAACAGUGACAACCGUAACAACUGUGACAACAAUGACAACAGUGACAACGGUGACAACGGUGAGAAUGGUAAGAACAGUAACAACAGUGACAAUCGUGACAACCAUGACAAAGGUGGCAACGGUGACAAUAGUGACAAUGGUGAAAACAGUGACAACAGUGACAGCGGUGACAACAGUGAGAACGGUGACACUAGUGACAACAGGAGAACUGUGACAACCGUGAGAACAGUGACAAGAGUGACAACGGCGACAGCGAUGACAACAGUGACAACAGUGACAACAGUGACAAUGGUGACAACAGUGACAACAAAGACAACGGUGACAACAGUGACUUUUUUGACAACCGUGACAACAAGAGAACCGUGACAACCGUGAGAACAGUGACAAGAGUGACAGUGAUGACAUUGGUGACAGCGGUGACAACGGUGACAACAGUGACAAUGGUGACAACAGUGACAACGGUGACAACGGUGACAACGGUGAUAAGAGUGACAAGAGUGACAAUCGUCACAACAGUGACAAUGGCGAAAACAAUGACAACAGUGACAGCAGUGACAACGGUAACAACGGUCAUAACAGUGACAACAGUGACAGUGGUAAAAAUUGUGACAACAGUGACAAAAGUGGGAACGGUGACAACUGUGACAACACCGACAACUGUAACAAUGGUGACAACGGUGACAACGGUGACAACAGUGACAACCGUGACAACUGUGACAACAGAGACAAUGGUGACAACGGUGACAACAGUGACAGCGGUGACAACGGUGACAACAGUGACUACAGUAACAACGGUGACAACUGUGACAACGGUGGCAACGGUGACACCACUGACAACGGUGAAAACAAUGACAUCAGUGACAGCGGUGUUAAUGGUGACAACGGUGACAACAGUGACAAUGGUGACAAUUGUUAAAACAGUGACAAUGGUGAAAACAAUGACAACAGUGAAAGCGGUGACAACAGUGACAAUGGUCACAACCGUGACAACGGUGACAACGGUGACAACGGUGACAACAGUGACAACAGUAAUAACUGUGACAACCGUGACAACGGUGACAACGGUGACAACUUUAAAACCACCAAUAAGUGUGACAACAGGGAAAAUGGUGACAACAGUGACAACUGUGACAACCGUGACAUAGUGACAACCGUGACAACAGUGACAAGAGUGACAGUGAUGACAUCGGUGACAACGGUGACAACAGUGACAACAGCGAGAACUGUGAUAAUUGUGACAACGGUAACAUCGGUGAGAGAAGUAACAAGAGUGACAAUGGUGAGAACCGUGAAAACAACGACAACAGUGACAACGGUGACAACAGUGACAACAGUGACAACUGUAACAACCGUGACAAAAGUGACAACGGUGACAACAGUGACAACAGUGACAGAGGUGACAAGAGUGAAAACAAUGACAACAGUGACAGCGGUGACAACUGUGACAACGGUCACAAUAGUGAAAACAGUGACAAUCGUUACAACAGUGAACACAGCUACAACGGCGACAACGGUGACAACAGUGACAACGGUGACAAUGGUGACAACAGUGACAACCGUGACAAUCGUAACAACAGUGAGAACGACGACUACAAUGACAACAGUGACAGCAGGGACAACAGUGACAACGGUGACAACAGUGACAAUCGUGACAACCGUGACAACGUUCAAAACUGUAACAAUAGUCACAACGAUGACAACAGUGACAACGGUGACAACAGUGACAAUGGUGAAAACAGUCACAACAGUGACAGCGGUGACAACGGUGACAACGGUGACAACAGUGACAAAGGUAACAAUAGUGACAACAGGUAGAACGGCGACAAUGGUGACAACAGUGACAGCGGUGACAACGGUGACAACGGUGACAAGAGUAACAACCGUGACAACCGUGACAACAAAGACAACGGUGAAAACAACAACAACAGUGACAGCGGUGACAAAAGUGACAACGAUGACAACAGUGACAAUGGUGACAACCGUGACAACAGUGAGAACGGUGAAAACAAUGACAACAGAGACAGCGGUGACAACGGUGACAAUGGUGACAACAGUAAAAAUGGUGACUACCGCGACAACAGUGACGACGGUGAAAACGAUGACAACAGUGACAACAGUGACAACUGUGACAACCGUGACAACCGUGACAACGGUGACAACGGUGACAACCUUGAAAACACCAACAACUGUAACAACGGUGACAAAAAUGACAACAGUGACAAGUGUAACAACUGUGACAACAGUGACAACCGUGAACACAGUGACAAGAGUUACAGUGAUGACAUCGGUGACAAGGGUGACAACAGUGACAACAGCGAGAACGGUGAUAAUGGUGACAACAGUGACAAUAGUGACAACAGUGACAACAGUGACAACGGUGACAACGGUGACAAGGUGACAGGAGUGACAAGAGUGACAACAUUAUGAACCGUGACAACACCGACAACAGUGACAACAGUGACAACGGUGCCAACGGUAACAACAGUGACAACUGUGACAACCGUGACAAAAGUGACAACAGUGACAACAGUGACAACAGUGACAGAGGUGGCAACGGUGACAAUGGUGACAAGAGUGACAAUCGUGACAGCCGUGACAACGGUGACAAUGUUGAAAACAGUGACAACACUGACAACUGUGACAACCAUGACAACGGUGACAACGGUGACAAACGGUAAAGAGAGUGGCAACAGUGACAGCGGUGACAAUGGUGACAACGGUGGCAACAGUGACAACAGUGACAACCGUGACAACAGUGAAAACGGUGACAAAAGUGACAACGGUGACAACGGUGACAACAGUGACAACUGUGAGAACCAUGACAAAAGUAACAACGCUGACAACAGUGACAACAGUGACAGAGGUGACAACUUUGACUACGGUGACAACAGUAACAAUCGUGACAACAGUGACAACAGCAAGAACGGCGAAAACGGUGACAAAAAUGACAAUGGUCACAUCGGUGACAACAGUGACAACGGUGACAACGGUGAGAACAGUCACAAUUGUGACAACCGUGACAACAGUGACAAUGUUGAAAACAAUACAAACAAUGACAGCGGUGACAACGGUGACAACGGUAACAACAGUGACAGUGGUGACAACAGUGACAGUGGUGACAACAGUGACAAUGGUGACAAAGGUGACAACCAUGACAAAGAUGACAACAGUGAAAACAGUGACAACUGUGACAAUCGUGACAACGGUGGUAACGGUGACAACCUUGAAAACACCAAAAACUGAGACAAUGGUAACAAUGGUGACGACAGUGACAACUGUGACAACGGUGACAACAGUGACAAUCGUGACAACAGUGACAUCAGCGAGAACGGAGAUAAUGGUGACAACAGUGACAACUGUGACAACGGUGACAAUGCUGACAACGGUGACAGGAGUGACAAAAGUGAUAACGGUGAGAACCGUGAGAACACUGACAACAGUGACAACGGGGCCAACGGUGACUACAGUGACAACUGUGACAACAAUGACAAAAGUUACAACGGUGACAACAGUGACAACAGUGACAGAGGUGACAACGGUGAGAACAGUGACAACAGUGGCAGAGGUGACAACUGUGACAACGGUGAGAACCGUGACAACACCGAAAACAGUGACAACGGUGCCAACAGUGACAACAGUGACAACUGUGACGACUGUGACAAAAGUGACAACAAUGACAACAGUGACAAAAGUGACAGCUGUGACAACGGCAAAAACAAUGACAACAGUGACAACAGUGACAAUCGUGACAACCGUGACAACGGUUACAACGGUGAUAACGUGACAACAAUGACAACUGUGACAACGGUGACAACGGUGAAAAAAGUGGCAACAGUGACCGUGGUGACAACGGUGACAACGGUGACAACAAUAAUAACAGUGACAACGGUGACAACACUAACAACAGUGACAACAGUGACAACGGUAACAACGGUGACAACGGUGACAAUAGUGACAAUAGUGACAACCGUGACAUCAGUGACAAUGGUGACCAAGGUAAGACCGGUGACAAUGGUGACAAAAGUGACAACCGUGACAACGGUGACAACGGUGACAACUGUGACAACACUGACAACGGUGACAAUGGUGACAGCAGUGACAACCAUGACAACCGUAACAACAGUGAGAAUGGUGAUAACAGUGACAGCGGUGACAAUGGAGACAACAAUGACAACAGUGACAACCGUGACAAGAGUGACAAUGGUGACAACGGUGACAACAGCGACAGUGGCGAGAACGGUUACUGCGGUGACAAUAGUGACAACCGUAACAACAGUGACAGCAGUGACAACAGUGACAACGCUGACAACGGUGACAACGGUGAAAAAGGUGACAAAAGUCACAACAGUGACAAUCGUCACAACCGUGACAAAGGUGACAACGGUGAAAACAGUGACAACGGUGGCAACAGGGACAAUGGUGAAAACAGUGACAAGUUACAACCGUGACAACAACGAGAAGAGUGACAGUGAUGACAACAGUCACAACGGUGACAACAGUGACAACAGUGACAACGGUGACAACGGUGACAGCGGUGACAGGAGUGACAAGAGUAACAAUGGUGAGAACCGUGACAACAACGACAAGAGUGACAACGGUGCCAACAUUGAUAACAGUGACAACUGUAACAACCGUGACAAAAGUGACAACGGUGACAACAGUGACAACAGUAACAGAGGUGACGACAGUGACAACGGUGAAAUUAGUGACAACGGUGUAUGGGGUGACAACGGUGACAACGGUGACAACACUGACUAUCGUAACAACAGUAACAACAGCUAGAACGGCGGCAACAGUGACAAGAGUGACAACGGUGACAAUGGUGAGAAUGAUGACAACGGUGACAACGGUGACAAAAGUGACAACAGUGACAACUGUAACAACACCGACACCUGUGACAACGGUGACAACGGUUACAACAGUGACAACCAUGGCAAUCGUGACAACAGUGACAAUGGUGACAACGGUGACAACAGUGACAGCGGUGACAACGGUGACAACAGUGACAACGGUGACAGCUGUGACAACCGUAAGAACAGUGACAAUGGUGACAACGGUGACAACAGUGAGAGUGGUGACAACAGUCACAACAGUGACAAUCGUGACAACCGUGACAAAGGUGGCAAUGGUGACAACACUGACAACGGUGGCAACAGUGACAAUGGUGACAACAGUGACAACAGUGACAGCGGUGACAACGGUGAGAACGGUGACAACGGUGACAACGGUGACAACAGUGAGAUCUGUGAAAACCGUGACAACAGUGACAAGAGUGACACUGAUGACAUCGGUGACAACGGUGACAACAGUGACAAUGGUGACAACAGUGACAACGGUGACAACGGUGAGAAUGGUGAUAAGAGUGACAAGAGUGACAACGGUGAUAACGGUGAGAACACCGACAACAGUGACAACGGUGACAACCGUGACAAAAGUGACAACGGUGACAACCAUGACAACAGUGACAACAGUGACAGAGGUGACAACGGUGACAAUGGUAAAAUCAGUGACAAUCGUGACAACAGUGAAAAUAGCGAAAACAAUGACAACAGUAACAGCAGUGACAACGGUGACAACGGUGACAACGGUCAGAACAGUGACAACAGUGACAGUGGUGACAAUUGUGACAACAGUGACAAGAGUAACAACAGUGACAACAGUGACAAUGCUGACAACGGUGACAAUGGUAACAAAAGUGACAACAGUGACAAUGGUGAAAACUGUGACAACACCGACAACUGUGACAACGGUGACAACGGUGGCAACGGUGACAACGGUGACAACAGUGACAACCGUGACAACUGUGACAACAGUGACAAUUGUGACAACGGUGACAACAGUGUUAGCGGUGACAACGGUAACAGCGGUGACAACAUUGACAACAGAAACAACGGUGACAACGCUGACAACGGUGACAACGGUGACAACAGUGACAACUGUGACAACCGUGAGAAAAGUGACAAAGGUGACAACAGUGACAACAGCGACAGAGAUGACAACGGUAACAUCGGUGACAACAGUGACAAUCGUGACAAAGAUGGCAACGGUGACAACAGUGACAACGGUGGCAACAGUGGCAACAGUGACAAUGGUGACAAGAGUGACAGCGGUGACAACGGUGAGAACGGUGAGAACGGUGAGAACGGUGAGAAUGGUGACAACAGUGACAACCGUGACAACAGUGACAAGAGUUACAGUAAUGACAUCGGUGACAUGGGUGACAACAGUGACAACGGUGACAAAGGUGACAACGGUGACAACCGUGACAACACCGACAACAGUGACAACGGUGACAACCAUGACAAAAGUGACAACGGUGAGAACAGUGACAACAGUGACAGAGGUUACAAUUGUGACAACAGUGACAAGAGUAACAACAGUGAGAACAGUGAAAAUGGUGACAACGGUGACAACAGUGACAAUGGUGAGAAAAGUGAAAAAAGUGACAACGGUGACAACUGUGACAACACCGACCACUGUGACAACGGUGACAACGGUGACAACGGUGACAAUAGUUACAACCGUGACAACUGUCACAAGAGUGACAAUGGUGACAACAAUGACAGCGGUGACAACGGUGACAAUGGUGACAACAGUGACAACCGUCACAACAGUGACAAUGGUGACAAUGGUCACAACAAUGACAGCGGUGACAACGGUGACAAUGGUGACAACGGUGACAACAGUAAUGACAAUGACAACUGUGACAACGGUGACAACAGUGAGAACUGUGACAACCGUGAAAAAAGUGACAACGGUGACACCAGUGACAACACCGACCACUGUGACAACGGUGACAACGGUGACAACGGUGACAAUAGUGACAACCGUGACAACCGUCACAACAGUGACAAUGGUGACAAUGGUGACAACAAUGACAGCGGUGACAACAGUGACAAUGCUGACAAGAGUGAGAACAGUAAUGAUGAUGACAACUGUGACAACGGUGACAACGGUGACAACAGUGACAACUGUGACAACCGUUAAAAAAGUGACCAUGGUGACACCAGUGACAACAGUGACAGAGGUGACAACGGCCACAACGGUGACAAAAGUGACAACAGCGAGAACGGCGAAAACGGUGACUAAAAUUACAACGGUCACAUCGGUAAAAACAGUUACAACGGUAACAACGGUGACAACAGUGACAAUGGUGAACACUGUGAUAACAGUGACAACGGUGAAAACAAUGACAACAGUCACAGCAGUGACAACAGUGACAGCGGUGACAACAGUGACAAUGGUGACAACCGUGACAACAGUGACAACGGUGACAACAGUGACAACAGUGACAACUUUAACAACCAUGACAACGGCGACAACGGUGACAACCUUGAAAACACCAAGAACUGUGACAUCGGUGACAAAGGUGACAACAGUGACAACCGUGACAACGGUAACAAGAGUGGCAGUAAUGACAUCGGUGACAACGGUGACAUCAGUGACAAUCGUGACAACAGUGACAAGAGUGACAACGGCGAAAACAAUGACAAAAGUGACAGCGGUGACGACGGUGACAACGGUGACAACAGCGACUAUCGUAACAACCGUGAAGCGGUGACAACGGUGAAAUCAGUGACAACAGUGACAACUGUGACAACCGUGAAAACGGUGACAACGGUGACAGCAGUGAAAAAAGUGGCAACAGUGACAGCGGUGACAACGGGGACAAAGGUGACUACCGUGACAACACCGACAAAAGUGACAACGGCGACAACCGUGACAAAAGUCACAACGGUGACAACAGUGACAACAGUAUCAGAGGUGACAACGGUGACAACGGUAACAACAGUGACAAACGUGACAACAGUGACAAUGGCGAAAACAAUGACAAAAGUGAAGGCAGUGACAACGGUGACAACGGUCAACACAGUGACAACAGUGAAAGCAGUGACAAUUGUGACAAUAGUGACAACAGUGACAAGAGUAAGAACAGUAACAACAGUGACAAUGGUAACAAUGGUGGCAACGGUGACAAUGGUGACUAAAGUCACAACAGUGACAACGGUGACACAGUGACAACACCGACAACUGUGACAACGGUGACAACAGUGACAACAGUGACAACAGUGACAACAGUGACAACCGUGACAACAGAGACAAUGGUGACAUCGGUGACAACGGUAAGAACGGUGACAAUAGUGACAACUGUGACAAAAGUGACAACAGUCUCAACAGUGACAGAGGUGACAAUGGUGACAACGGUGACAACAGUGACAAUCAUGACAACAGUGACAACAGCGAGAACGGCAAAAACGGUGACAAAAAUGACAAUGGUCACAUCGGUGACAACAGUGACAACGGUGGAAACAAUAACAUCAGUGACAGCGGUCAUAGCGCUGAGAACGGUGACAACAGUGACAAUGGUGACAACGGUGACAACAGUGACAACGAUGAAAACAAUGACAAGAGUGACAACGGUGAAAACAAUCACAACAGUGACAGCGGUGAAAAUGGUGACAACGGUGACAACAGUGACAAUGGUGACAACCGUGACAACAGCGACAACGGUGAAAACAAUGACAACAGUGAAAGCGGUGACAAGAGUGACAAUGGUGACAAUCGAGACAACGGUGACAACACUGACAACAGUGCCAACAGUGAUAACUGUGACAACCGUAACAACGGUGACAACGGUGAAACCCUUGAAAACACCAACAACUGUAACAACAGUGAGAACUGCGACAACCGUGAGAACAGUGACAACCGUGACAACAGUGACAAGAGUGACAGUGAUGACAUCGGUGACAACGGUGACAACAGUGACAAUCGUCAAAUAGUGACAACAGCGAGAACGGUGAUAAUGGUGACAACAGUGACAAUGGUGACAACAGUGACAACAGUGAUUACGGUGACAACAGUUACAGCGGUGACAGGAGUGACAAGAGUGACAAUGGUGAGAACCGCGACAACAAGACAACAGUGACAACGGUGCCAACAGUGACAACAGUGAAAACUGUAACAACCGUGACAAAAGUGACAACGGUGACAACAGUGACAACAUUGACAGAGGUUACAACAGUGACAACAGUGACAACCGUGACAAUCGUGACAACAGUGAAACGAUGACUAAGAUGACAACAGUGACAGCGGUGACAAUGGUGACAACGGUGACAACGGUGACAACGGAGACAACGGUGACAACAGUGACAAUCGUGACAACAGUGAGAACCAUCACAACAGUGACAACAGUGACAACGGUGAGAAUGGUGACAACAGUCGAAAUAUUGACAAUUGUGACAACCCUUACAAAGGUGACAAUGGUAACAACAGUGACAAGAGUGACAACAGUGACAACGGUGACAAGCGUGACAAUACCAACAACUGUGACAAUGGUGACAAUGGUGACAACAGUGAAAACCGUGACAACCGUGACAACAGUGACAGGGGUGACAACGGUGACAACGGUGACAACAUUGACAAUCGUAACAACAGUGACAACAGGUAGACCGGCGGCAACGGUGACAACAGAGACAACGGUGACAACGUUGACAAAGGUGACGACGGUGACAAUGGUGACAACAGUGACAACCGUGACAAUCGUGACAACAGUGAGAACGAUGACUACAAUGACAAGAGUGACAGCGGUGACAAAAGUGACAAGAGUGACAAGAGUGACAAUGGUGAGAAGCGUGACAAUACCGACAACUGUGACAACGGUGACAACUGUGAUAACAGUGACAACCGUGACAACCGUGACAACAGUGACAACAGUGACAACGGUGAGAACGGUCACAAAGGUGACAACGGUGACAAUGGUGACAACAGUGACAACAGUGACAAUCCUGACAACAGUGAGAACAAUGACUACAAUGACAAGAGUGACAGCGGUGACAAUGGUGACUACGGUGACAACAAUGACAAUCGUGACAACCGUGAAAAUGGUCACAACAGUGACAAUAGUCAACACGGUGACAACAGCGACAACAGUCACAACAGUGACAACGGUGAAAACGGCGACAACGGUGAGAAUAGUGACCACAGUCACAACAGUGACAAUCUUGACAACCGUGAAAAAGGUUACAAUGGUGACAACAGAGACAACAGUGACAGCGUUGACAACGCUGACAACAGUGGCAACAGUGACUAUGGUGACAACAGUGAGAACAGUGACAGUUGUGACAACAGAGACAACAGUGACAACCGUGACAACAUUGACAAUCGUGACAACCGUGACAACAGUCACAACUGUAACAAUAGUCACAAUGAUGACAACAGUGACAACGGUGACAACAAUGACAAUGGUUUAAACAGUAACAACAGUGAAAGCGGUGACAACGGUGGAACGGUGAGAACGGUGACAACAGUGACAAUCGUAACAACAGUGACAACAGUGACAGCGCUGACAAUGGUGACAAGAGUGACAACAGUGACAACAGUGACAAGCGUGACAACACCGACAAGAGUGACAACGGUGACAACAGUGACAACAGUGACUGCCGUGACAACCGUGACAACAGUGACAGGGGUGACAACGGUGACAACGGUGACAGCGGUGACAGCGGUGACAGCAGUGACAAUUGUAACAACAGUGACAACAGCUAGAACGGCGGCAAUGGUGACAAGAGUGACAACGGUGACAACGGUGACAAUGGUGACACCGGUGACAACGGUGACAACAGUGAGAAUCGUAACAAUCGUGACAACAGUGACAACGAUGACUACAAUGACAACAGUGACAGCGGUGACAACAGUGACAACGGUGACAACAGUGACAAUCGUGACAACCGUGACAACGGCCACAACAGUGACAAUAGUCAACACAGUGACAACAGUGACAACGGUGACAAUAGUGACAACGGUGACAACAGUGAUAAUGGUGACAACAGUGACAACAGUGACAAUCGUGACAACCGUGACAAAGGUCACAGGGGUGACAACGGUGACAACGCUGACAACGUUGGCAACAGUAAGAAUGGUGACAACGGUGACAACAGUGACAGUGGUGACAAUGGUGACAACAGUGGCAAUUGUGACAACCGUGACAACGGUGACAACAGUCAUAAUGGUGACAACAUUCACAACAGUGAAAUCCGUGACAACCGUCACAAUGGUGACAAUGGUGUCAAAAGUGACAGUGGUGACAAUGGUUACAAAGGUCACAACAGUGACAACAGUGACAGUGGUGACAAUUGUGACUACAGUGACAACAGUGACAAGAGUAAAAACAGUGACAACGGUGACAACGAUGACAACGGUGACAACUGUGACAAUGGUGACAAAAGUGACAACAGUGACAACGGUGACAACGGUGACAACUGUGACAACGGUGACAACGUUGACAACGGUGACUACAGUGACAACAGUGACAACGGUGAGAAUGGUGACAACAGUCACAACAGUGACAAUCGUGAGAACCGUGACAAAGGUGACAAUGGUGACAACAGUGACAACAGUGAUAGCGGUGACAGCGGUGACAACGGUGUCAAUGGUGGCAACAGUGACAAUAGUGACAAAAGUGAGAAUAGUGACAGUGGUGACAACGGUGACAACAGUGACAACCGUGACAACCGUGACAACGGUGACAACGUUGACAACGGUGACAACGGUGACAACAGUGAGAAUCGUGACAACCGUGACAACGGUGACAAUGGUCAUAAUGGUGACAACAUUCACAACAGUGACAACUGUGACAACCGUCACAAUGGUGACAACGGUGACAACAGUGACAGCGGUGACAACGGUUGCAACGGUCACAACAGUGACAACAGUGACAGCGUUGACAAUUGUGACAACAGUGACAACAGUGACAAGAGUAACAACAGUGACAAGGGUGACAACGGUGACAACGGUGACAACGGUGACAAUGGUGACAAAGGUGACAACAGUGAUAACGGUGACAAUGGUGACAAUUGUGACAAAGGUGACAACAGUGACAACGGUGACAACUGUGACAACACCGACAACUGUGACAGGGGUGGCAACGGUGACAACAGUGACAACCGUGACAACCGUGACAACAGUGACAAUGGUGACAACGGUGACAACAGUGACAGCAGUGACAACGGUGAUAACGGUGACAUCAGUGACAAGGGUGACAACGGUGAGAAUGGUGAUAACAGUCACAACAGUGACAAUCGUGACAACUGUGACAAAGGUGACAAUGGUGACAACAGUGACAACAUUGACAGCGAUGACAAUGGUGACAACGAUGACAACGGUGAGAACGGUGAGAACGGUGACAAUGGUGACAAAGGUGACAACAGUGACAACGGUGACAACGGUGACAAUUGUGACAAAGGUGACAACAGUGACAACGGUGACAACUGUGACAACACUGACAACUGUGACAGGGGUGGCAACGGUGACAACAGUGACAACCGUGACAACCGUGACAACAGUGACAAUGGUGACAAUGGUGACAACAGUGACAGCAGUGACAACGGUGACAACGGUGACAUCAGUGACAAGGGUGACAGCGGUGAGAAUGGUGAUAACAGUCACAACAGUGACAAUCGUGACAACUGUGACAAAGGUGACAAUGGUGACAACAGUGACAACAUUGACAGCGGUGACAAUGGUGACAACGAUGAAAACGGUGAGAACGGUGGCAACAGUGACAAUGGUGACAACAGUGACAACAGUUACAGCGGUGACGACAGUGACAAUCGUAACAACAGUGACAACAGGUAGAACGGCAACAAUGGUGACAACAGUGACAGCGGUGACAACAGUGACAACGGCGACAACCGUGACAACACCGACAACUGUGACAACAGUGACAACUGUUACAACAGUGUCAACCGUGACAACAGUGACAAUGGUGACAACAGUGACAACAGUGACAGCGGUGACAAGAGUGACAACGGUGACAACAGUGACAGCAGUGACAACGGUGAGAACGGUGACAACAGUGACAACAGUGACAAUCGUAACAACACUGACAACAGCUAGAAUGACGACAACGAUGACAACAGUGAGAAUGGUGACAACGGUGACAACAGUGACAACCGUGACAAUCGUGACAACAGUGACAACGAUGACUACAAUGACAACAGUGACAACAGUGACAGCGCUGACAACGGUUACAAUGGUCACAACAGUGACAACAGUGACAGCGGUGACAAUUGUGACAACAGUGACAACAGUGACAAGAGUAACAACAGUGACAACGGUGACAACGGUGACAACGGUGACAACGGUGAUAAUGUUGAUAAAGGUGACAACAGUGACAACGGUGACAAGUGUGACAACACCGACAACUGUGACAGGGGUGGCAACUGUGACAACAGUGACAACCGUGACAACAGUGACAGUGGUGACAACGGUGACAACAGUGACAGCAGUGACAACGGUGACAACGGUGACAACGGUGACAUCAGUGACAAGGGUGACAACGGUGAGAAUGGUGAUAACAGUCACAACAGUGACAAUCGUGACAACUGUGACAAAGGUGAGAAUGGUGACAACAGUGACAACAUUGACAGCGGUGACAAUUUUGACAACGAUGACAAUGGUGAGAACGGUGGCAACAGUGACAAUGGUGACAACAGUGACAACAGUUACAGCGGUGACGACAGUGACAACAGUGACAAGAGUGACAAAAGUGACAACGGUGACAACCGUAACAACAGUGACAAGAGGUAGAACGGCGACAAUGGUGACAACAGUGACAGCGGUGACAACAGUGACAACGGUGACAAGAGUGACAAGAGUGACAACCGUGACAACCGUGACAACACCGACAACGGUGACAACACCGACAACGGUGACAACAGUGACAACGGUCACAACAGUGACAACCGUGACAACAGUGACAAUGGUGACAACAGUGACAACAGUGACAGCGGUGACAAGAGUGACAACGGUGACAACAGUGACAGCAGUGACAACGGUGACAACGGUGACAACAGUGACAAUCGUAACAAUAGUGACAACAGCUAGAACGGCGACAACGGUGAGAACAGUGACAACGGUGACAACAGUGACAACAGUGACAAGCGUGACAAGCGUAACAAUCGUGACAACAGUGACAAUGAUGACUACAAUGACAACAGUGACAGCGGUGACAACGGUGACAACGGUGACAGUGGUGACAACAGUGACAAUCGUGACAACCGUGACAACGGUCACAACUGUGACAAUAGUCACAAUGGUGACAAUAGUGACAACGGUGACAACAGCGACAACAGUCACAACAGUGACAAUGGUGAAAACGGUGACAACUUUGACAUCAGUGACAACGGUGACAACAGUGACAAAUGUGACAACAGUUACAGCAGUGACAACGGUGACAACGGUGACAACUGUGACAACGGUGACAACGGAUGACAACGGUGACUACAGUGACAACAGUGACAACGGUGAGAAUGGUGACAACAGUCACAACAGUGACAAUCGUGAGAACCGUGACAAAGGUGACAAUGGUGACAACAGUGACAACAGUGAUAGCGGUGACAGCGGUGACAACGGUGUCAAUGGUGGCAACAGUGACAAUAGUGACAAAAGUGAGAAUAGUGACAGUGGUGACAACGGUGACAACAGUGACAACCGUGACAACCGUGACAACGGUGACAACGUUGACAACGGUGACAACGGUGACAACAGUGAGAAUCGUGACAACCGUGACAACGGUGACAAUGGUCAUAAUGGUGACAACAUUCACAACAGUGACAACUGUGACAACCGUCACAAUGGUGACAACGGUGACAACAGUGACAGCGGUGACAACGGUUGCAACGGUCACAACAGUGACAACAGUGACAGCGUUGACAAUUGUGACAACAGUGACAACAGUGACAAGAGUAACAACAGUGACAAGGGUGACAACGGUGACAACGGUGACAACGGUGACAAUGGUGACAAAGGUGACAACAGUGAUAACGGUGACAAUGGUGACAAUUGUGACAAAGGUGACAACAGUGACAACGGUGACAACUGUGACAACACCGACAACUGUGACAGGGGUGGCAACGGUGACAACAGUGACAACCGUGACAACCGUGACAACAGUGACAAUGGUGACAACGGUGACAACAGUGACAGCAGUGACAACGGUGAUAACGGUGACAUCAGUGACAAGGGUGACAACGGUGAGAAUGGUGAUAACAGUCACAACAGUGACAAUCGUGACAACUGUGACAAAGGUGACAAUGGUGACAACAGUGACAACAUUGACAGCGAUGACAAUGGUGACAACGAUGACAACGGUGAGAACGGUGAGAACGGUGACAAUGGUGACAAAGGUGACAACAGUGACAACGGUGACAACGGUGACAAUUGUGACAAAGGUGACAACAGUGACAACGGUGACAACUGUGACAACACUGACAACUGUGACAGGGGUGGCAACGGUGACAACAGUGACAACCGUGACAACCGUGACAACAGUGACAAUGGUGACAAUGGUGACAACAGUGACAGCAGUGACAACGGUGACAACGGUGACAUCAGUGACAAGGGUGACAGCGGUGAGAAUGGUGAUAACAGUCACAACAGUGACAAUCGUGACAACUGUGACAAAGGUGACAAUGGUGACAACAGUGACAACAUUGACAGCGAUGACAAUGGUGACAACGAUGACAACGGUGAGAACGGUGAGAACGGUGACAAUGGUGACAAAGGUGACAACAGUGACAACGGUGACAACGGUGACAAUUGUGACAAAGGUGACAACAGUGACAACGGUGACAACUGUGACAACACUGACAACUGUGACAGGGGUGGCAACGGUGACAACAGUGACAACCGUGACAACCGUGACAACAGUGACAAUGGUGACAAUGGUGACAACAGUGACAGCAGUGACAACGGUGACAACGGUGACAUCAGUGACAAGGGUGACAGCGGUGAGAAUGGUGAUAACAGUCACAACAGUGACAAUCGUGACAACUGUGACAAAGGUGACAAUGGUGACAACAGUGACAACAUUGACAGCGGUGACAAUGGUGACAACGAUGAAAACGGUGAGAACGGUGGCAACAGUGACAAUGGUGACAACAGUGACAACAGUUACAGCAGUGACAACAGUGACAAUCGUAACAACAGUGACAACAGGUAGAACGGCAACAAUGGUGACAACAGUGACAGCGGUGACAACAGUGACAACGGCGACAACCGUGACAACACCGACAACUGUGACAACAGUGACAACUGUUACAACAGUGUCAACCGUGACAACAGUGACAAUGGUGACAACAGUGACAACAGUGACAGCGGUGACAAGAGUGACAACGGUGACAACAGUGACAGCAGUGACAACGGUGAGAACGGUGACAACAGUGACAACAGCUAGAAUGGCGACAACGGUGACAACAGUGACAAUGGUGACAACGGUGACAACAGUGACAACCGUGACAAUCGUGACAACAGUGACAAUGAUGACUACAAUGACAACAGUGACAACAGUGACAGUGGUGACAAUUGUGACAACAGUGACAACAGUGACAAGAGUAACAACAGUGACAAUGGUGACAACGGUGAAAACGGUGACAACGGUGACAAUGGUGACAAAGGUGACAACAGUGACAACAGUGACAACUGUGACAACACCGACAACUGUGACAGGGGUGGCAAUGGUGACAACAGUGACAACCGUAACAACAGUGACAAUGGUGACAAUGGUGACAACAGUGACAGCAAUGACAACGGUGACAACGGUGACAACAGUGACAACAGUGACAACGGUGAGAAUGGUGAUAACAGUCACAACAGUGACAAUCGUGACAACUGUGACAAAGGUGACAAUGGUGACAACAGUGACAACAUUGACAGCGGUGACAAUGGUGACAACGAUGACAAUGGUGAGAACGGUGGCAACAGUGACAAUGGUGACAACAGUGACA